UAUCUGUGGGUUUUUAGCACGUGUCCGAUCAAAACAAAUGCUUGAAAAAGCCAAAAGAUCCAUAGGACCUGAAAGGUUGCAUAAAUUUGAACGAUAUCAUUAUGCAUCUUGUUUCAAAUAAUCAAACGUAUCAAUUUGAUCUUUAAAAAUUGCUCACUGUAAAGUUAUCGGUGGCACGAAGUUUACUAACGUAGUUAGUUCUUCAGCGCAGACGUCCUAACACGAGUGAUUCGCUUUUCUAACAAGCGAAUCUUUUCCAUUAUAUUUUACGAAACAUAAGUUAUGGAGGAAUAUGCCAGAGAACCAUGCCCUUGGAGGAUAGUGGAUGAUUGUGGUGGUGCCUUUACAAUGGGUGCCAUAGGAGGUGCUGUUUUCCAAAGUAUUAAAGGCUUUCGUAAUGCACCUAGUGGAAUAAAUAAACGUCUCCUGGGCAGCUUAACGGCUAUAAAACAGCGGUCACCUAUAAUCGCUGGAAAUUUUGCUGUUUGGGGAGGCAUGUUUUCGACGAUUGACUGCACUCUUGUACACUUCAGACGCAAGGAAGAUCCAUGGAAUUCCAUUAUCAGUGGAGCAGCUACAGGAGGUAUUCUCGCAGCGAGAAAUGGUCUUCCAGCAAUGGCAGGCAGUGCAAUAAUUGGUGGAGUGUUAUUAGCACUAAUCGAAGGUGUUGGAAUACUUUUCACUCGACUUUCUGCAGAACAAUUUAAACCACCUACUCUCGUUGAUGAUCCAUCACAGCUUGGGCCACCACCUCAAGGCUAUCCAUCAUAAUAUAUAUUUUAGAUUUGUCGUGAAAUAGAAUCUAAUAUUUGAGAAAAAACGAUUCUUGUGGUUUGUAAAAUAAAAUAGUACUCGUCAACUAAUUUCUUUUGACAGAAUAAUAAAUUUGUAUAGAAUAGAUGCUACUUAAGUUAAGGUACAAAAAUAAUAGAUUUAUUUCCAUUUC